AUGGGGAUGAGUCUUGCCACUCGAGAAGGAGGAGCCUGGUUAGCAGUGGAGGACAGGAGGAGCAGUGGAGACAGGACACAAACUGUCCCCACCUUAUCUUUGGCAGAGGAGAGCUUCAAGAGGGGGUCCAGGGAGAAUCAAGGGGAAUUUAUCACAGAUGGGAUGUGGGAGGCAGGAGAGAGGCAGUGGCCCCAGGUGAUUCCGGGAUUUAUGGCUGCAUGGUGGACAGACGUGGGAUUGCCUUCUGUGGCUUUGUGCGUGGUUGGCAAUGCCUUUUCUGAUGAGCUCGGCUGCCUUUCUUACCUGGCCGCCAAGGCUCAUGCUGAGUGUCUGAGCAGUGGGCCUGUGGUCGGGGUCUCAAGAGCAUUGUGGUAUCUACGGAGGACGCUUAUGAAGCCAAGAGAUGCCAGUCAUGGUGGCACAGGGAGGGCAGUGCUACCAGAGCUGCCCCAAUUCAGUAUUUCUCGGCUUUUCCACCCCCUGCUCUGGGCCCCUUUUACGUUCCUGCCACCUCACCCCAUGGGCCCUCAGGUGGUACAGGUUAAGCUGGGAUGUGCUGGUGGGCUGUUGGCUCUGACCCCCGUCUCUCCUUCCUUGUGCCCCAUGACUGUGGGUCAGCAGGCAGCGCUGCAUGGUGAUCAGGUGUGUGGCUUCCGCCAUCCCACGGACCCAGUCCUAGCUUCACCGCUGAAGAGCUGGCUGAUUCCUGGCAAGUUACACUUCACCUCGCCAACCUCAGCGGCCUUAUCUGUAGCAAGGGAGGCCUGUAGCCACUUCAGUGUUUCUGUGAGGAUCAGAUGUGAUGGUGACAUAGGUUACAUGCCUGGGAUACGGGCCUUGGCACCCAGUGCCCCAUCAGCAAACUGUCAGCACUGCCUUGUUCCUCCGCAGGCCAAGAUCAUCACAGAGGCCACUGGUGCCUGGGCCCCUGACCCUGUGCCAAAGGCCCUGUUGCAAACCAAGCGAAGACCUAGAUGGUGCGACUCGGAACAUCAAGUGGCUGGCGUUGCUGGGAGGUACACAUCUGGCGACAGAGGUGCUUUACAGCCAGAUGCAGUGCUGGUGUUUUUUUAUGAUGGAAAUUGUGAUCUAUUGCAGGAACAUCAGGAGAACAUUCUGGGUAACACCAUGCAAAGUGUGAUUGCAUUGCUCAACAAUCUGGUUGCCUGCAAAGAUUCAAAUAUGAAGCUACUUUAUGAACAAGGUCUGGUCCGCCAUGUCUGUGACCUCUUCACUGAAACUGCCACACUGUGCUUGGACGUGGACAAUAAGAACAACAACAAGAUGGCUGCUGCACUGCUCUUCUCCCUGCUCGAUAUUCUGCAUGGCAUGCUGACCUACACGUCCAGUGUCGUUCGACUGGCUUUGCAGGCACAGAAGUCUGGCUCAGGAGGGGACACUCAAGCCGCCGAGGAUCUGCUGCUGCUCAGCAAACCUCUGACAGACCUCAUUAGCCUGCUCAUUCCACUGCUUCCAAAUGAGGAUCCUGAAAUUUUUGAAGUGUCAUCCAAAUGUCUGUCCAUACUGGUUCAGCUGUAUGGAGGGGAAAACCCAGACAGCCUGUCUCCUGAAAAUGCAGAGAACUUUGCCGAUUUACUGACAUCUAAGGAGGACCCAAAAGAGCAGAAGCUUCUGUUGAAGAUUCUCAGAAGAAUGCUAUUAUUCCGCUGGUUUGGAAAGCCAUUAUAUAUUGUAGUUAUUGUUGAAAUUAAUGAAGGGGUGGAGGUCCCAUUCAUCUAUGUCAUGUUCUGGCUUGUCAGUCUGUGUUUACCUCUAGAUACAGAUAUCUUGAGGAGUCUGUUGGCAGUGGAGGCUACGGAUGCCCCAGAGACUUAUAUUCAAGACAACUUUUGUGCCAGUUUGAUAGACAACUGUAGUGCGUGA